UUGAAUCGUUUAACGAUUUUAGGCAGUAUUCUUCAUUGAACCUGAAAGCUUGAUUCGUGAGAAUCAGGAGGUUACCCUUAAGUCUCGAUCCAAUCUUGUCAUCGUACAAUCAAGUACAUGACAAUUGAUAUCGGAGCAGUUCCGGUCCUUGGUGUUUCUGCCAUGGCGGAACUUGAUGCUGCAAUAAAGGAAGAGAAGAUAGUAAGAGAUGACCUACUUAAUCUUCGAUGGUUAUAUGAUACUCACUUUCGAGAAGAUGACUCCCCAACUCGAGAGUAGAAUCUUAUGCAAUUUCUAAAGCUCAUCCACAGGGCAGAGAAGAAGUUGGAGUCGAUAAUUGGGGUUAUAGAAGCAAACAGGAUUGAGGGAGAAAUUACCAGCAAAAACUCGUCAAUUCAAUCAGAAAAGGAAGAUGAAUCUCUGGAUGAGUUUAUUAUUCCUUCUUUUUUAUUCUAUGAAGAAAAUGAUGAUACUCAAAUUAUUUCCAAAACUGAAGUGAUUGAUUUCGACAGAGAGAAUCAUGUUCAAAUGGUGGAGGUUAGUUAUGAGAACCUUGAAAGCAUAAGGGAGUUAAUCAUUAUCCACAGUGAAUUAAAUUGUAAGGAUUUCUUUACUCUUCUUUUUGAUUUUGCUCGUUCAUUAUUCGAUAGAGGAAAAAAGAUCGAGCUCAGUUUAGAGAAUUCUUGUUUUACUGAUUGUUAUUCUGAAUUUGGGUCUCAAUUUGAUGUGUGCUUAAAAUUGUUGGAUGGAUACUAUAGACAACUUGUUCAAGAGUUCAUUUACAGACAUGAGUACUGGUCAGGUUCAUGGUUUCGAGAUCAAAUUGCUUGUGUGUUGUCUAAUGGUAGUGUUUCUAGUACCACCUGGCAGUUGUUUGUUAAAAUGCUGUUAAUGGGUGCUGUGUGUUGUGAGCACAAUUUUUUUUAACCACACACUGCCUCAUGGGUUAAUUCGUUACAAUUCUUUCAAACCUACGGAUACAGUAUUUGAUCGUGGAAAAGAAUUUCAGCUUCUUCAAGGGUUAUCAUCUUUUAUUGAUGCUUCUAGAUACUAUUUUGAUCCAACUACUUCUGGUGUGAUUUUAGUGGCCAACUACAAGGGUUAUUCUAUUCAUGAGCUGGUUAACAGGCAUGGUUACCAAUCAUAUUGGUUGUUUGGUGAAUCAAAUUUGGGUAAGGUUCAUUACAAAUGGUUUAUUGAUGUAUGUCGUCUUUCCCUUGUUUUCGAUUCUAGCCGCAAUGUGUUUGAUCGUGGAAAGGAAAUCGAUAUUAUUAUCUGUAUUUUUUGUUUUGCUACACUUAAUUCUAAGUUUGGGAGUGAAGUUGUGAAUCUCAGUGGUGUUGCAGUUGAUUUUCUCUUGCAGCUCCAAAUAGGUAGAGUUUUUGAUCGUGGAAAGAAUUUGAACCCAUUGAUGGGUACUCUUACUAUGCUAGUGAUUAUACUUUCUGUUGGGAAUUACUUACUUCUUGUUCGUUUAUACUCAUGGUCUGUUCAAUGUUAAUGGCUAACCACUAUGGAGAAACUGUUAGUGAGCUUGUUCUAAAACAUUGGUACCCACUAGACUUUUUGUUUCUGGAUUUAAUUGCAUUUGUGCUGGAUGAAAAGGGUGAUUAUGGUGAUGACAGAAAGCUGUUGGUGAAAAUGUCACACCUAUUGAUGUUGGUUCACACUGGUAGCAAUGGUGAUCACAGUAAACCAUUUAUUAAAAGGUCGAUAAGAGAGAAAUUCUUGAUAUUCUUGUUGACAAGAGUGGGUGAAAUUAAGCAAGCUUAUCAAAGGCUGGGCAGAGUAGUUCACUGGGGUAUUGCGUUCUGGAAUUCAGUGGUCACUCAGGUUCUAAAGAAGUAUGAGAUGGGGAAAGCACGAGAAUGGUUUUUCUAUCAUGAGGUCUGUCAAGUACGACUUCACGCUUCUCCUUAUCGUGUGCUGCUGCCCUUGGAUGCUGUUUGUUUUGACCAAAUUCUUAAAGAAGCUUGCAUACCAAACAAGUUGGUUCCUUCUUGCACUACAUAUGGCUUACACUUAAGGUAAAUGGAAGAUGUCUGAUGCGAGUGGAGAUUCUGGGAGCAGUUCAACAUCCUUUCUAGAUUUGUCUAUAUACGUUGUACCUUGCUCAGUAUCUUAUUUCAGGUUGUAGCCAAGUGACGACUCUUAUAUACCUGCCAGGAGGCUGUCAUGGCUCGACAGAACAUAUUGUAACGAAGAAGCCAAUGACAGGUUAUAACAGUGUAACAUUCUUUGCGACAAGAGUGAGAACAAAGUACUUCCCGGUUAUCCUUUCCAUUCAGGUUGUAGAUCAGUGGGUGAAUGCAGAGAGGAAGUCAUUCAAGCUCAAGCAUUUUGCUAAUGAGGUGGUACGAACUGUUCCGGUUUAGAAGGGCGAUAAUACAACUUGCAAGGACAGAGAACCUGGGGUAGUACAGACAGAUUUAAUAACAACCUUCAAGUGGACAGAGGUAAUAUCUAGAAAAAUUUUAAAUGACCAAACUGUUUGCAUUAUUUACCCAACUAACAACACAAUUACAUUACAAUGGGUGGUCCCUUUGUGGAAUUUCACAGUAACUUGUGUUGCUAAAUGCAACUGGGUACUGGUGGAACUUCUCAGUAAGGUUGGAAUUUUACAUGUGUUUGCACCAUGGCCAUUUAUCACUGAAGUUUAUGCUGUCACUUGUGACAUAAAAUUCACAUACGAGGUGAGGGUCUAUACUGCAGUUCCUGAACAACCAGAAUGGCUUGCAUCCAAAGGUUUUAUUCCUUGUCAAAUUCUGAAAGCUAGAGAAAUGUUGAACCAGUUGCGUCAUCUUAUUUUGUGUAAGGUCAAGACUGAUGGGGGAAGAGAUCAGUUGACUGUGUGCUUGGGGAUGCAGUGUUUAAGGGCCUCCCGAGGGCAGUUUGGGUACUGGUCUUUUAGCACGUAAUCAAGGGAACUACAACUACUUCACCAACCAGUGUGAGAGGACCUUGCAUCUACAACCAACAAUUUUUGUUUUUCUGACUCACUUCACUCUGAAUGUUGCUGAAACAGUCUGUGUAGUUGCCUUACUUUCUGAGAUUAGAAGGAACCUUAAGCAACAAGUGGAGCUCGACAAGUCCAUGGGCCAAAAGUAUGAGCAGAUACCAACUGUCGAAGGUGGAAAUAAGUAAGAGCUUCGUGCAACAUUUAUAUGGACCCCAUGACUUACAAAUUUCAAGAUAAGAGCUACUGACGGUGCAUUCCAAUCACAAGCACAUGAGAAGACAACUAAGGAAAAACAGUUGGCUCUAAUCUUCAUCCUUGAGGACAAGGAUGUUUUGGAGGGGAUGAAGACAAGGAUGUUUUGGAGGGGAAGGUAUUGUCAUGUACCUGUCUAGGAGAGGAGGUGCCCAUAUCCCAUUUAGUGUCAGUAAAUAUAGUAUUAGCAAUAGUAGUAGUACUUAGCUUAUCUUUGGUUGUCUUUAUCAAUUUGUAAGGGUGGCUUAAGAUGUAACCAUCUGGCUUGCCAGUGGUCGUUGGAUCUUAUGUAUGGUAAACCUAGAUAUAUAAGUCAAGAGUCUGUAAUGAAUCCCUUAAUCUGAAUAUUAAUGAAAUUGAAUCGUUUAAUGAUUUUA